AUGAAGAGGCCGGAAGAACAUAGUAUUGAAAUGCAAAUGCCGUUCAUUGCAAAGGUUAUGGAAGGAAACCCUAAUGUGACCGUGAUACCGGUUCUAGUUGGCUCGUUAACGCCGCCCAAACAGCAGGCGUAUGGAAAGAUAUUUGCCAACUAUUUGGAGAAUCCACGUAACCUUUUUGUGAUAUCAUCCGACUUCUGUCAUUGGGGAAAUCGUUUUCAUUUUGCACCUCAUAAUCCGAACAGUGGACUUGCCAUAUAUGAACAGAUUACUCAACUUGAUAGAGAUGGCAUGGAUGCCAUAGAAACGUUGAAUCCACAAAUAUUCAACGACUACUUGAAGCGAACUCAAAAUACGAUUUGCGGCAGGAAUCCAAUAACGGUUAUGUUACAGGCUGCGGAACACUUCAGGAUGAUGAACAAUCAUACUCACGAGUUCCGUUUUUUGAAGUAUUCUCAGUCGAAUAAGGCAAGGAGUGUCAACGAUUCGUCCGUCUCGUAUGCUGCCGGUGCUUUAUUUAUGCACCCGAAAUGA